AUGGUCGAAAAUUUACCUCUGGAUGCCGUAAAUGUCGUUGUAUGGAACGUUUUGAUACAAGCCGCUAUCAAGCAAGCCCGUUAUAAACUUGCAUUCGAGUUGUUUUACGACAUGAAACGAAGGCAUGUAAAACCCAACACACGCACGUUUUCAACCCUCUUCGUUGGCCUUUCGAAUAUUGAGGACUGGGCCCCUUAUUCCAACAUUCUCGAACGCGCCUUUAUCGCAUACGAUCAACUCCUCGUCCACUUUGAAAAGAUAAAGCUCAAAACACCUAACAGUCCCGAAAUAUCGACAUGGCCACUCAACGGCUUUCUCGUGCUGUUGGGAAACGCCCGACGCUAUGCGCGAAUGUGGGAUGUCUUCUUUUCGAUGGAGGGACAACUCGCACCAGACGAAGUGACGUAUACUAUCAUGUUACGAGCACUGGAGAGGCGUAAAUCGCUCAAUGAAGGACCAGUUGAGACAGCAGCAGAAGCAGAAGAGCGAGCAAACAUGGAGCUGGUCAGAAAGGAACAAUGGAUCCGUUACGACAGUAUCGAUACAGUCCCAGAGGAGACACUGGGUUUGACGUCGCAAUACUUCCGAUCCCUCGCAAGGAAGAACCCACCAGAAAGUGUCCAAGUGCAGAAUGCUGCUGACGCCCGUCUGCUUUGGGAACAACUCCAAAAGGCUCACAACAAGGAUCCGUCCAGCAUCGCCAUCGAAGGGUCGCACGUAGCUCUCGUGCUUCAUCUUCUAUCCCAUGGACGUCCAUCGGACCACAUGCUCGCAUUCGACAUUGUCCGUGACUAUGUGGAUAUUGACCCUCCUAUACGCACUCGGCAUACACCAAAUCUGCCCGAAAAGGAACCCUCUGGAAAGCUUCCGGUCACCGGAUACAUCUUCGCCUCCAUACUCGAGCUCUGUGUGAACAGUGCGAGAGCAGAGACGGCCAUCCAAUACUUCCAAACGGUCGCAGAAAGGCCAAAUUUCGCAAGUAUCAUCCAAUAUCAACACAUGAUGUUUGUCAUGCGGGCAUUUGCCAUGCGUCGUCCGCCCAAGGGUGGGGUCAUUGACGCUCGGGAGGCUGUAUCGGCAUUGGAAUGGAUGUUGCGUCAGGCAGAGUCGCGCGAGAUUGGUGCCCGAGUACGACCAGGCAUCGACCAUUUCGUGUACGGACUCACCGCCGCAUGGAGAGGAGCAGACAUGGGUAGUGCACUCCAUAUCUUCGAGAUGGUGACUGGGAUACCACGGAAGUCAUUCAUGGCACAUGUGCCUAAUGUGUUCAAGCAGUUGGAGGCGGAAGAAUUAUCCGUGGCUGUUCGCAGGUUCAAAGACAUGCAGCCAAGGUAUGUCGGUUGUACGUGGAAUACGACAUGCAUGGCUCUGCUCCUCAAGACGGCGCGUGCGACGGAAAAGCGAGAACACUUGCGCGUCGCGCUCCGUAUCAUUCGUUUUGCAGGUAUGAGGCGGUUUUUCAACAAGAGGGACGGACGGGAUCCUCUCCCCAUCUCGGACGAGACGCUCGCGGCGCAAAAGGAGCUCGCAACGAGGAUCGUGCAGGGGGUAGACUGGCUGCUUCAUCAUGAUCCACAAGAAGCCGAGGCUCACUCGUGGAACCAACUUCGCGACUAUGCGGCUAGGGAGUUGGAGAAGAGUACGGUCGAAGACGUGCAUAGACAAGAAGACAAGGUUGAUGCAGAACAUAAGAAGAAAGAAGCGGUAAUCCAAGAUGGACAAAAUCAACUGCUCGUUACGCUCAAAGGCCGCAAGAGUCAAUGGGCGACCGGCCUCUGA